AAAAGGCCAACGUCUGCCCAACCCUUAACCAAGACUAGAAAGAGAGGAAUUCGGAUCUGUCUUAGUGUUUUAGGAAAGAGAGAAAAAUGGGGAGAGGCAGAGUUGAGCUGAAGAGAAUAGAGAACAAAAUUAACAGGCAGGUUACUUUUGCCAAGAGGAGAAAUGGGUUGCUCAAGAAAGCCUAUGAGCUCUCAGUCCUCUGUGAUGCUGAAGUUGCUCUCAUCAUCUUCUCUAACCGUGGAAAGCUCUAUGAGUUCUGCAGCAGCUCUAGCAUGACGAAAACACUUGAAAAGUACCAUAAGUGCAGCUAUGGUGCUCUGGACGCCAACCAACCAAUCCAUGAGACACAGAACAGUUACCAGGAAUAUUUGAGGCUAAAAGCAAGAGUGGAGAUCCUGCAGCAAUCUCAGAGAAACCUUCUUGGAGAAGAUUUGGCUCCACUGAGCACUAAGGAGCUUGACCAGCUUGAGCAUCAACUGGAAUCAUCCUUGAAGCAAAUAAGGUCUACAAGGACUCAAUGCAUGCUUGAUCAACUUGCUGAUGUUCAAGACAGGGAACGGAAGCUGGUUGAAGAUAAUAAAGCUCUGAGAAAGAAGUUGGAGGAAAGUUGCAGUCAAGUUCCUCUUCGACCAGCAUGGGAAGCCGGAGGGGCGCAGAACAUUCCAUACAGUCGUCUCCCACCUCAAUCAGAGGGGUAUUUCCAGCCCCUAGGAGGCAACUCCACAUUACAAAUUGGAUAUAAUCCUAUUGGUACAGAAGAAAUGAACACCAUGGGGCAUCAUCACCAGAAUGUAAGUGAAUUCAUCCCUGGAUGGAUGCUCUGAUUCUCAAGCCAUGAACAUAAGAUUCGAAUUUACUGGUGGAAUAUACAUAUAUCUACCUACGAGGUUGUGUCUUUGGUUUUCCUCUGUAUGUGGUUUGUAAUCUUUUCUCAUGCAACUUGUAAUUUCAUAUGAAACACAAUAAACAUAUGACUGUAAGUUGUGAUGACAUAGUACGACGGCUACUUCUAAGCCCUUUAAUUAUAUUGGCAAUGCAUAUGCCAUAUG